GUUUUAAGAUUCCGUAUUGGGGUAAACAAAUUCACUUUCCAUAAAAUAUAAAAUAAUAAUUAAUAAUUUGAAAAUGGUAUUGGAUAUAAAUUAUUUUAGGGAUGAGAAUUUGCUGAAGAAGUUGAGGGAAUCUGAGGAGCGGAGAUGUGAAUCGAACAGCGUAGUAGAUAAGGUGAUAGAAGCUGAUAAGGAUUGGAAAAAGGCAAUGUAUGCCUAUGACCAGUUGAAAAAAAGCGUAAACGAAAUUUCUAAAAAAAUCUCCGAAUACACAAAACUCAAUAAAAACAAAACCGACUUCUCGAAUGAUAAAGAGUUUUUAGAUUUAAAAUUGUUGGCGGAAUCUAAAAAACAAGGCAUUGCGGAAUGCUUAAAAAAUAUCGAAGAAUGUAAUGAUAAGAGGAAUUCGCUCCUAAAACUCGUUGGGAAUGUUGUUUCUCCUGAUGUAAUCGCCUCCAAAGACGAAUCUCUCAAUGAUAUCAUCAGGUCCUGGAGCCCAAACCCUCUCCCUUGGGAAUCUCCAUCCACCAAGACCACUGAGAACAAUGUUCCACAGAACCAAAACCUGCCCAAAUCCAAUGGAAACUCUUUAGACGGCCUGGGAACUGAUAACUCUGGCGUAAGUUAUGUUGGAAGAAUCCCCGAGAUGAUCAAGAGACCAGCUUGGAAGAUCCUCCAGCACCAUGAAAUCCUUGCAAAACUUAACAGCCUUGAGGUAAAUAAAGCGGUAGAAAUUGCUGGUCACAGAGCGUUUUUCCUUAAAGGCAAAGGCUGCCUUCUUAAUAUGGCAUUGAUACAAUAUGGACUUCAUUUCCUUGUUAGAAAAGGUUACUUACCUGUCCAUACGCCUUAUUUUAUGAGGAAAGAAGUCAUGUCCGAAUGCGCAGAACUUGAUGAUUUCGAAUCCACUCUCUACUGUAUACCACCGGACAACAGUGUUGAAACCACUAACACCACCAACUCAGUCAACACCAACCCAGUUAAUAACUCUGUAAACGCAGUAAACACAAACACUACCGCCAACGCCAACACAGUCAAUAGUAUGAAAGAUGCGGAUAAGAAUAAAUUAUUUUUAAUAGCUACAUCUGAACAGCCAUUGGCGGCCUUGCAUAGGAAUGAAGUGUACCAGAAGAAACAGUUACCCAUACGUUAUGCCGGAAUCUCAACCUGUUUUAGAAGAGAAGCUGGAGCGCACGGUAAGGAUUUGAGAGGUAUUUUCAGAGUCCACCAGUUCCAGAAAGUAGAACAGUUUGUCGUCUGUACACCUGAAAAUAGUCAUGACGAACACGAACAAAUGCUUAAAUAUUCAGAGGAGUUCUACAGGAGUCUAAAGUUACCCUAUAGAAUAGUAUCAAUAGUGGCUGGAGCAUUGAAUAAGGCGGCGUCUAAGAAAUAUGAUUUAGAGGCCUGGUUUCCAGGCUAUGAAGAUUACAGAGAACUUGUCAGCUGCUCCAACUGCACAGAUUACCAAGCUCAGAACUUAAACUCCAAAUUCUAUGAUAAAAAUAAUCAGGAUAGAAAACAUGUACACAUGUUAAAUGGGACACUGGUGGCUUCUCAGCGCUGUCUCUGUUGUAUUCUUGAGAAUUAUCAAACUCCAGACGGUAUCAUUGUACCAGAAGCCUUAAUACCUUAUAUGGGCGGACUCUCAUUCAUACCCUUUGAAAAUUAAUAUUCUCACACACA